UGAAAAUAAGAAGAAGAAGAAGCAGCAAAAGAAAGGCGCAGCAAGCAAAAAAUACGCUAUUUAAACCGUAUUCGGUUUUCAAGUUUGUCUUAAAGUCCAGGCUCGGCUGACCAAUAGCACACACACACUCACACAUAUAUACUUCACAGAAAUUUGCCGAACAGCAAAGAAAAAAAAUUAAAUCAACAAAACAAACAGCUAAACAAUAGUGCAACCAUGACAAAUUUGGAAAAGCAACACGAGAUGGUGAAGCGGAGUCUUGUCCAGUUCGUCAGUGCGCACAUACCAGGUGCCGACUUUAGCGUUGUGGAUGAGAUUGUACUCUCCUAUAUCAUAUCUAUACUGGAGGAAGCUUCGCAGGAUCCUUGCUUUGAUGUGGAGGGCUUUGUCGAGAUGAUGGGCGCAUACUUUGAAGAGUUCCCCACCAUUGAUCAGGGCGUCAUUUGCGAAUGGAUAUACAAGCUGGCCAACGAGCUAACCGAUAUGGAAAAGAAUCAAGGCAACCACAACACGGUCAAUUUAUCGCUCCACGCCCUAAGCUUGUCCAGCAUUAUACCAGAGUCCAAACUGCGUGCACGCAACUCUUCCAUCUCCGAAAAGGACGAACUAUCUUCGAAUAACAGCAGCAGCAGCGGAGUCAAUGGUGGCGGCAGCAGCAAGCGUUCUCAGCACUUGUCUGAGACUAGUGAUGGAGGCUCCACUGACAGCUCUAGCUCCAAUUGCGAUUACUUUUUGGAUGAGGCUGAGGUGCUGCAGGAGAUGUUUCCCGACACCGCCUACGUGGAGAUAAAGCAUUGCAUUGCAAUAUCCAAGGGCGACAUUGACAGCGCUACUCAAAUUCUAUUGCAUCGCCAGGAGACCAAUCAGAGCCUGACCGACAAAAGUUAUACUGUGGGCAUGAAGAAGAAUAUCGUGGUUGAUGACAAUGAGCUGAAGAAUCGCAUAAUAGCAAGGUACUCCUAUGUGGACAAGAAUGCCACUCAGCGCGAGUAUAAGCCGGUGGUUCCCAAAAUGGAGCCGCGCAAGCUUGUGCGCUAUCGUGAUAAUAAGAUUGUAUCUCUUAAGGGCGAGCGUUACACUGAAGUUAAGCGUGACGAAGAUGCUGAGUUAAAAAAACCCAAGAAGCAGAUUCAACCGUAACUAAAGAUGAACAAAACCCACAAGUAUUUUAUCAAGAAGCAACUUAGCCCACAACCACCUAAUAAUACCGCACCAACGACAUAUAGAAUUGAACGAUGCAGCCGCAGCCAAUGCGAUCAGAAUGUUUCCGAGCACAACUUAUGCACAGAGCUGCAUAUUCGUGUGACUCAAAACCAAGCCAACAUCGCUCCCAGCCCCAAUCACAAUCCCCGUCUGGCCUUAGCGCCAGUUGUAGCCAUGCUUAGCCAACGUUUAGAUGCUUCCUUGCCAAUACCCACACAACAGAACGUAACAGACGAUACAACAGGACAACAACAAGAGCCGAGCAAUAUAGCAGCCGCAAAGUGUGAUCCGUUGAUAAUAAUCAAGGAAUCCCCAUGUGAGUUAACUGGUAGUUAUUUGUUGUUGCUGUUGUUAGUUUGCUUAGCCGGUUACUGUACGCCAUGGAAUUUUUAUCAUAAUCAAAUUGUGGCUAAAGACACAAAGACUUUACAUACCAAAUUAGUUAAUAGUUAUGUUUUAGGUAAAGCUCUUGCAUUUCUUUAUGUUCGCCCCGACCAGGGCAUUAUAAUCAACAACUACUUAUGAGUUUCGUUGCGGUGACAAGGAGGCGGCUCUAUUUUAUUUGGGGCUGUUGCCUGUCGCACAUGACAAUGCUUGCCGUCGCGCCUGUAAGUGAGUGGAUCGUAUUUCUUAGUUCCUUACGCCACAAAAUCGCAAUCAAUAUCGAAUAGAGACAACUGUGAACUGUGACAAAUUUUGCGACCAACUGCCAGAUACUUGCUCGCUUGUGAAUCUCGAUAAGCAUCAAUCAAAUAUAUAUGAUAAUAAAAUGAAUAUAUUUCUAGCCGUGUGCUCUCCCACAAGCAGGCGCGACUCUCAACACGAAUUUGGCGCUCAAAUAGACUUAUUUAGAUGAUUUUAGGUAUUCGAAUUGAAGUGUUUAUGUAAAGUGUACGUUUUUAAAACGCAGCUGUACAACAUCUUGCCAUAAGAUUUAUGUUAAAGUUCUCAUAUCGUGAUUUUAUCCUUUUUUUGUUAGUUUUUUUUUUUUUUUUUUGUUUUUGUCUAAGCAAACUAGCAACAGUAACCAAACAAAAACUAGUCCUCGUCCUGAGAACCCACUCACACCAAAGCGGCUGCUGCUCGGAAGGACACAGCAAUAUUAUAAAACAUAUUCAACGUAUAAAACUAACCAAUAUUAAUCAAUCUUAAUAUAACCUUAUCUUAGCAAGCUUCAUUGUAAUUCCUAAAAGACGUUAAAAGCCCAGCGCAAUUCCUAUUUCCUUAUUUUAUAGAUUUAAGCAUCGGUAUAUCAUUCAACGCAUUUGCAUUACAAA